GCGCAGUGAGACCUGAGAGUGGAGGAUGAUCGAGUGUUUUUACUUUCUGACUCUGUAAAGACACUUCAUUUGCCUUCUUUUAUAUUUUCCUGGAUGAAAGAGGUGCCAGCUCCAAAAGGAAGCAAUUUAAUGGCGUACCAAGAUCCUUUUGGCACCAUGCUAUCCACCCUGGCAGCACCGCUGCUACCAGAGGCCUCCAGGACGCUGUGGACCGUCCCUGCAAACCAGAACCUUUCCAUCAGAACAGACAGAAGCUUCUCCGAGCCUGUAGAGGACACAGACACCACCGUUCCCCUGGAGGACAUUCCUCUCCCAUCCUUGAAGGACAAUUAUCCAGUGCAAGUCACAGAUCCUCACGAUGCUGUGACAUUUCGGCAGAUCUCCAUGCCCUCUGGAUACCUGAGUCCGUCCUCAGAAGACAGGAUACGACAGCCAGUUGAGGAUGGAGGAGAAUGCAACUGCCCGUCAUCAACUUCACCAGACUGCCCCAAGGAGCUGCAGAUACUAAGCAGUCCCUGUGAAAAGUGCUGCUGCCCAGCACCCCCGCCCAAGAUCAGUGACCUCAUGAAUGACAAAGAUCUGCUGGACUUACUGCGGCUCAAACUGGAUCCAAACCACUGCACCGUCAAAAACUGGAAGAACUUUGCGAGUCGUUGGGGGAUGAGCUACGAUGAACUGACCCUGCUGGAGCACCGGACCCAGGGCUCGUCGUCCCAGAGCCCCACCCAGGAGUUCCUGCUGCGCUACAACCAGAAGACAGUCACUGAGCUCACGGAACUCUGCCGCAUUUACCAGCGCAUUGAUGUGCUGCGACUCCUACAGAGCUGGAUAGAGAAGGACUGGCCCUCACGCUGGCAGCACACUCAUUAACCAUCAAUCUGUGGAUUUAUCCAAUCUGUCUUUCUCUCUUUUUUUCUCUUUAGGCAAGUACUUGAUUAGGAUUUCUUAUUUUUCAUUAUAUUGGGUUCAGGCUACAAAAAUUUGUACUAACUCCAUCAAAUGCUUUUGUGAAUAGUUGUAUGGAAUUUAACUGGAAACUCUGAGUGAAGACAACAGAGUCAGAAUACUUUAUGAAUCCCAGGGGGAGGUUGUUUUAAGUUCUUGAAUUGUCCAAUAUUCCUCACGUUAUGACAUUUUCCCCUUCAACGGCAAACUAUAGUAAAUAGAAGAAACAGUACUGUUAAUACCAGCUCGAAAAAGCUUACUCAGCUCCUCUCAACUGGGAACACGCUUCCACAUGAAAUAGUUAUAUCAGUACUGAUUAAAAAGAUGAUCUCCGGGUGUUGAUAAACUAAGCUUCGGGUCAGCUUAUUCCCAUUACCCUUGAAUUAAGAAAACAUUUCAUUUUACGAAAGUGCUUAUAUAUCGUAAAAAGGGUUUUACAAUCGCAGGAGGUGUUUAAUCAAACACAAAACUACAGUGGAAAUGCCUUCUUACAAAAUAUUCAGAAUAAUUUAGUCCCAGUUCAUUUGUAUAGUGCUAACUGGCAACAAAAGUCAAUUCAACAAUUUUAUUGCAGCCCAAUUUGGUAGUCACUUUCCAAUACAUUCAGUUUUGUUGUAAAUCAAUUAGUCCAAUGUAUUCCAACGUAGUCCAAUGCCAAACUCAUUUAAUGCCUGAACAUAAAAAAAACCCAAAAACUAUCUGACUGAAGAAGCAAGCAGAUCUGCUGGAAACACGAGGAGAUUAGUUCAGGGAUAUCUGCUUUGAGACAGUAACAGAAACACGUCUGUUGUUUUUGUAGUUUGGUCAGAAUGUGCAUGCGGUCUGAUGCUCAUUCACCAGCGCUGGAUGUUGUCCAGUUCAUUCUUGGUUUUUGCUGUCUUGGUCUAUUUGACACCUAUUUAUCUAGUUGAAUAAAAACAGCUUUGAACCCAAAUGUGUAGUAUUGUGUAGAUUUUAUUGUAGCCUUAUUUAGAAUAAUUUAUCUGAUCAUAACACUACAUCAAGACUGCCAGUUUUGCAAUAUAACUGAUUACACACUGUAUUAAACUAUCCAUCCAUCCAUUUUCUCCUGCUCAUCCAU